AUGCCAGGCAAGAGAGCAAAGAAGCCGCCGCGCUCGUGGUCCAUGUUCCCUGAUCUCCACGACCAAGUCGCCGACAAACUUGAAGAAGAUCAGCUCGACUAUACCUUCUUCGAAAAGGACGAGGAUAUUGGCACUAUCCGCACUUACGACACCAACAUCAUCGGGCGGUUCGUAUGCCACAACGACAAAUGUGACUCUCGUGGCUGGAAGAGCAUGGUCGUUGCCAUCACGAUCCGCGAGUACUCCCGCAACCGCUACAAUGUCCGCGUGUACCACCAGCGAUGCGUCGAAUGCAACAACCUGAGCAAGCCGAAGCUCAAAGAAGAGACUUAUAUCGACAGAGUCACGUACCGUAUCAAGAAGUGGAAUGGAGUUGAGGUCGAGAGACCCAUAUACUCUGACAAGUCCAGGGCGCCUCACGAAGAAGAUUACUGCGAGGGAUGCAAGAACGGACACUGCAAGAAAGGAAGACAGAACGACGAGGACUAUAUGCAUUUUGCUUGA